CCGCUCCCCUGCCUCUUCCCGCAGCCUUCUUCCCCUCCCGAGGCCAGGCCUAGGGAGGUGCAAAUGGCAGGGCUUCCGUUAGGUCCCCUUGGUCUAGGGCUGCAGGGAUAGGGGGACGAAGAGGUGUAGACGGGCCACCCCUCUAUGGCUUCCAGGGAGGCAGCAGCCCUGGCCACGUGAUUGAGGGGCCCAGUGCAAAAUGAAGAUGCCAGGCACCUUGUUGUUAAGUUCUUGAGAAUUUCACACCGUAACAGCAGAGUAUUCAACCCGGCGCGGGGUCCCUGACUUGGUGGCAGGACUGUAGUCUGGGUAAGGGGCUGGGACCCUCCAUCACAAAGGGUGCUUCUUGGUUUUCAUCGUCAGUGUCAUUUGCCUUCUUCAGGGCUUCCAGAUGGAUCUUCGUCACCACCCUAGGAUUGCUUACCAUCCUCAAGCUUGAAAACACACCUGUAAUCAUUUGGCGGGGGAGAGGCACCUUUAAGCGCCCAGGUGAACUUUGUCUGCAGGCAGCAACUGUCCUUUUUGCUGGAUCUUCCGCUGAGGUCGGUAGGUUGAUAAAGUGAUACUGAUUUUAUGGCAGGAGCUCCCUUCAGCCAACUCCUGUCUUCCUGGGAAGGCCUCUGGAAGAAACCAGAAUCUACCUCUUGAAGAUUCCAAAUGAGACUGGGAAACCCUCUUCAAUAAGACCUGUGUGAUGAUAGAUUGUGUCCUGAGCCUGCAGGUCAGGCUGAAAGAGUCAACAACCAGCAAAGUGAAGAUCUAGGAGGCUGUUCCCCUUGAACCUGUGUGAACCUAAUCAAACCUCGACGGAAAGCUUCUCUUGGAAAAUUACAUCAGGCAACACUGGGCUGUGAUUUCUGGAUAGCAGCCGAAGAUGGAGCUACCAGCUGGAAGAACACAUCCCUGGUCAGCUGUAGGAAAGCCAGAGAGCAUUUGAGAAGAGGCUGAAGCUUGAAUUUUGCAAACACACAAGACCUCUGCAUUUCCCCAGAGAGAAGGUUUUUUUCUUGUCUUCAUUUUCUUUGAAACACCUGGGGUGAGGAAAAACCUCUACAUUGGCCAAGCAGAAGAAACAGGAUCUAUGACUGAAGAGGAUCGGCUAAGAGUGGUUCCUCGCAGCUUAAAGGGAGGGACUUUUCACACUCUGUCUUAAAAUCAGAAGUUGAAUUCAUGAACACAUAUGAUUUAGAUAGAAGUCAUGGGAUGCAGCAGUUCUUCAACGAAAACCAGGAAAUCUGAGACAUCGCUGAAAGCUGCGUUGAUCAUCCAGAACUGGUACCGAGGUUACAAAGCUCGACUGAAGGCCAGACAACACUAUGCCCUCACCAUCUUCCAGUCCAUCGAAUAUGCUGAUGAACAAGGCCAAAUGCAGUUAUCCACCUUCUUUUCCUUCAUGUUCGAAAACUACGCACAUGUACAUAAGGAAGAGCUAGAAUUAAGAAAUCAAUCUCUUGAAAGCGAACAGGACAUGCGGGACAGACACGAUUAUGUGGACUUGAUAGAUGUCCCAGACUCCUAUAAUGGCCCUCGGCUACAAUUUCCUCUCACUUGUACUGAUAUUGAUUUACUUCUUGAGGCCUUCAAGGAACAACAGAUACUUCAUGCCCAUUAUGUCUUAGAGGUGCUAUUUGAAACCAAGAAAGUCCUGAAGCAAAUGCCGAAUUUCACUCAUGUACAAACUUCUCCCUCCAAAGAGUUAACAAUCUGUGGUGAUUUGCAUGGGAAACUGGAUGAUCUUUUUAUGAUCUUCUACAAGAAUGGUCUCCCCUCAGAGAGCAACCCAUACGUUUUUAAUGGUGACUUUGUAGAUCGAGGAAAGAACUCCAUAGAGAUCCUAAUAAUCCUGUGUGUGAGUUUUCUUGUCUACCCCAAUGACCUGCACUUGAACAGAGGGAACCACGAAGAUUUUAUGAUGAAUCUGAGGUAUGGCUUCACGAAAGAAAUUUUGCAUAAAUAUAAGCUACAUGGAAAAAGAAUCUUACAAAUCUUGGAAGAACUCUAUGCCUGGCUCCCAAUCGGUACAAUCGUUGACAAUGAAAUCCUGGUCAUCCAUGGUGGGAUAUCAGAGACCACAGACUUGAAUUUACUCCACCGUGUAGAGAGGAACAAAAUGAAAUCUGUGCUGAUACCACCAACGGAAACAAACAGAGACAAUGACACUGACUCGAAGCACAAUAAAGUAGGUGUGACUUUUAAUGCACAUGGAAGAAUCAAAACAAAUGGAUCUCCUAUUGAACACUUACCAAAGCAUGAAUGGGAACAGAUUAUUGAUAUUCUGUGGAGUGAUCCCAGAGGCAAAAACGGCUGUUUUCCAAAUACGGGCCGAGGAGGGGGCUGCUAUUUUGGACCAGAUGUUACUUCCAAGAUUCUUAAUAAAUACCAGUUGAAGAUGCUCAUCAGGUCUCAUGAAUGUAAGCCCGAAGGGUAUGAAAUCUGUCAUGAUGGGAAGGUUGUGACUAUAUUUUCUGCUUCUAAUUAUUAUGAAGAAGGCAGCAAUCGAGGAGCUUACAUCAAACUAUGUUCUGGUACAGCUCCUCGAUUUUUCCAGUACCAAGUAACUAAAGCAACGUGCUUUCAGCCUCUUCGCCAAAGAGUGUAUACUAUGGAAAGCAGCGCCAUCAAGAUAUUAAAAGAGAGAGUGAUUUCACGAAAAAGUGACCUUACUCGUGCUUUCCAACUUCAAGACCACAGAAAAUCAGGAAAACUUUCUUUAAGCCAGUGGGCUUUUUGCAUGGAGAACAUUUUGGGGCUGAACUUACCAUGGAGAUCCCUGAGUUCGAAUCUGGUAAACAUAGACAAAAAUGGAAACGUUGAAUACAUGUCCAGCUUCCAGAAUAUCCACAUUGAAAAGCCAGUAGAAGAGGCUCAUUCUACUCUAGUUGAAACUCUGUACAGAUACCGAUCUGACCUGGAAAUCAUAUUUAAUGCCAUUGACACUGAUCACUCAGGCCUGAUCUCCAUUGAAGAAUUUCGUGCCAUGUGGAAACUUUUUAGUGCUCACUACCAUGUUCUUAUUGAUGAUUCCCAAGUCAAUAAGCUUGCCAACAUAAUGGACUUGAACAAAGAUGGAAGCAUUGACUUUAAUGAGUUUUUAAAGGCUUUCUAUGUAGUGCAUAGAUAUGAGGACUUGAUGAAACCUGGUGUCACCAACCUUGGCUAAACACAAAUGAGAGCUUCCCUCAGGCUCCCUGUAAACAGCUAGGCCCAAAUGACAAGUAUAGUCCUUUCCAAUACCCCUGAAAUUCACAGUCAGUAGCAGAGAAAAGCAGAUCCCAAUUCAUCCCACAAACAGACGCAUAGUAUGGGUUUUGGAAGUCCCUAGCAAGCUGUUAAUGGUAAGAUUAGGUAUAUUGCCAGUGAGAAACUGGGUUUGAACCUAAUGGUGUUCUCCUGAGUGCCACCUAACCAGGAGGCCAGAGCAGUUUGAAAACAUCCUGAAAGGAACUCACACAGCACAAGAGAAAACUACUAAGCACGACAUCUGUGAGUGAUAGAGGGAGAGAGGAAGAAUACCAGGUUAUUCAUGGAAUAAAGUCUUUCCAUCUUUAAACUGUGA